AUGAAACAGGACAUUGGACUGCGAGCCCACUACCAUUUCCAAAUCAUAUCGAUCAAAAUGCCCCCCGCAAACGCCACCUCCGACGAACACCAACACCUCCUCGACUCCCUCGACAUCGCCAGUCUCCCCCGCCCCUUCCGUAACCGCAACUGGAAACCCUCCCAACGCCGCAAUAAAAACGUUAAACAACUCCUCUCCGAAUCCUCACGCAAAGAAGUCUCUUCAAUGGCCACCCAAGUCAACUCCGGCGCCACGACACCAUUCCCGCUCAGCACAACAGAUGGCUCCCAAACACCUGCCGUAGCAGCAGGAGGCGCAGCAUCCACGCGCCCACCCAAUAUUGCGCAAGCAGCUCAGAGUUUAUCGACGCUUGUUCUAGAAAAAAAUCUCAAAGCUGCUUCGGGGAUGUAUACCGGAGGGCCGGCGGUUACGUAUACGAAUAUUGAGUCUGCGCCGUCGUUGAGUCCGGCGAAUCAGUAUCGGUAUUGUGAUCUUACGGGUUUGCCAGCGCCGUAUACGGAUCCGAAGACUAGACUGCGGUAUCACAAUCGGGAGGUCUUUGGAGUUGUGAGGACGUUGGGGCAGGGUGUUGCGGAGAACUUUCUGGAGGCUCGAGGUGCACAUGUUGUGUUGAAGUAGUUACUCGAUUAUCGGUCUCUUACUCAACUUUACAUACGAUAUUCUGCUUCCUUGGUCGACCUAAAUAUAGAAACAAAAUGUCAGGCCAACAAAGUCAAGCUCUUUCCACCCACCUGCCCCUCUCGAGACAGGUUCAAAGAAAACGCUCCGGCUUAAUCGCGACCAUUAAAAAGAAAUCGAUCUUCGCCCUGAUCCGAAAGAAUCGAGAACAACCGAUACCGACACUCCAUGGAAAGGGGCAUCAGUUACAGCGUCAAUUGACGCUGUUGGUUGUGGCGGGUUGUUUACGAUGCUGGAAAGUGUAGGAUUAGUGUUGCUGGA